GCUGCCACUUUGAGCAUCGGGUCGUCUUGGCAUUUCCUCUCUACGGAGUACAGUGAUUAAAUUUGAUAGCAGCCUGGUUAUUCGUGCGUGGUUGAAUCAGAGUAAGAAAGUGUGAGACGUAUUCGGUAUAUAGCUGUGCUCAUCCCUCGCCUUCUCAUCUCAUCUCUUUCCUGUCCCGCCAUCCUUUUUUCUUUUUCUCGUGCAACGUUGGGGAGAGAAUCUAACACACAAAUAUCGCCAAGGUCCUUGGCUUUAAGAUCCCCCAAAAGCUUGGUUCUUCUCUGGCAGCUUGGCUUGUUCUCUUACACACUUGGCAGCUUGGCCUUUAUCUCCAAAGUAUUCUUGGCUUGACUUGAUCCAAUCAUCACAAUGAGCGGGAACGACGUCGAGAAGACGGAUCUCGGCUACGAUGCCUCUGCAGCUCCCACCAAGGACAUGGGCGUCGGUGAGGAUCGUCACAUCCGCGGUCUCGAGACCAGCGCUGAGACGUCGCUGCACCGAGGUCUCAAGGCCCGUCACAUCACCAUGAUUGCCAUCGGUGGUGCGAUCGGUACUGGUCUUAUCAUCGGCACUGGCAAGGCCCUGGCGCAAGCUGGUCCUGGCUCCGUCUUUAUCUGUUAUACGGUCGUUGGUUUUGUCGUCUUCCUCGUCAUGGCUGCGCUUGGUGAGAUGGCUGCUUGGCUCCCCAUGUCUGCUGGUUUCACUGGUUAUGCUUCUCGAUUCUGUGACCCUUCUCUUGGUUUUGCGCUCGGUUGGACUUACUGGUUCAAAUACAUCAUCGUCACGCCUAAUCAACUCACUGCUGCUGCGUUGGUCAUUCAAUAUUGGGUUGAUCGAGACAAGGUCAAUCCAGGUGUCUUUAUCACCAUAUUUCUAAUCACCAUCGUCGUCAUCAACUAUUUCGGUAUUCGAUUCUUUGGUGAACUCGAGUUCUGGCUUUCCUCGUUCAAGGUCAUCGUCAUCAUUGGAAUCAUCCUCUUCUCUCUGGUUCUCGCUCUUGGCGGUGGUCCUGACCAUGACCGAAAGGGUUUCCGAUACUGGAGCAACCCUGGCGCCUUCAAGCCUUAUAUCAUGACUGGUGACGCUGGACGAUUCCUCGGCUUCUGGUCCUGCAUGGUCAACGCUACCUUUGCCUAUCUCGGAACUGAGCUCGUCGGUGUAACAGUCGCUGAGGCUCAGAACCCACGCAAGACCGUGCCCCGCGCCAUCAAGCUCACCUUCUACCGAAUCCUCUUCUUCUACUGUCUCUCCGUCCUCCUCGUCGGAAUGAUCGUCCCCUACGACUCUCCGGAGCUUGCCUUUGCCACCAAGGCCCAGGCCGGUGCUUCUGCCUCUCCCUUCGUCGUCGCUGCCGAUAUCGCCGGUGUCAAGGUCCUCCCUCACAUCGUCAACGCUUGUAUCUGCGUCUUCGUCUUCUCCGCCUCCAACUCUGACCUGUACAUUGCUAGCCGUACCCUCUACGGUCUUGCUUCCGACGGUGCGGCCCCCGCUAUCUUCAAGAAGACUGACAAGCACGGUGUUCCCAUCUACGCCCUUGCUAUGUCUGCUUCGUUCUGUCUCCUGGCCUACAUGAACGUUGCCGACGACUCGACCAAGGUUUUCGGUUACUUCGUCAACCUCACCACCAUCUUCGGUCUCAUGUCCUGGAUCUCUAUCCUCACAACUCACAUCUGGUGGUGCCGUGCCAAGAAGGCUCAAGGUCUCGCCAACGAAGCUCUCCCCUACGUCGCCCCCUUCGGCAUGUGGGGAUCCAUCGCUGCUCUCGCCAUGUGCAUUCUCAUCGCCCUCACCAAGAACUAUGAUGUUUUCGUCAGGGAUGCCGACACCGGCAAGAUCUUUGGUGGCGAGAAGUACAAGACUUUCAUCACGGGCUACCUUGGCAUUCCCGUGUACCUGAUCCUCAUCUUUGGCCACAAGUUCAUCACCAAGUCUCGCGGUGUCAAGCCCCAUGAGGCCGACUUCUACACUGGAAAGGAUGUCAUUGAUCGCGAGGAGGAGGAGUUCCUGGCUGCUCAGGCCGCUAAGCGCGAGGCUGAGGGCCCCAACCGUGGAGGAUGGUUCUACAAGACCUUUGUCUCUUGGUUGUUCUAGAUGCGUCCGUUAUCGGAUGUUUACUGUGUAUAUGAAGAUGCCCGUUCGCGGGUAAUGAGCGUAUGUAGUCAAGAUGAAUAUUAUCUUCCACAUUCAACAAUUCAUGAACCAUGUUUCCAACC